AAGAAGAAGAAGCUGUUUCGUGAAUGCUAGACCAGAGCAGCUGCUUGCCGAGGUUUGUGUCCAGGAAUCUGACUAUCAUGGCGUUGUUAAAGCAAAGUUGCUAUGUAGCAGGUCGCUUUUCCACAGGCCACCUAUCGUUAAGUCCCAGAUCGACCCCACAUGUGUACACAAGCUGUCUGACCACUGCAGUCAAGUCAUCUGCAGACAGGGAGGACAGGAAGAAGGAGCUUCAGAGCCAGGACGGCCCCGCGCUGCAGGACUUUAUUUCCGGGGAACUCUCUGAGAAGAGCAAGUGGGCGGAAUACAGAGGAAACCUGAAGAGACAGAAGGGGGAGAGGCUGAGGCUCCCUCCCUGGCUGAAGACGGAGAUCCCGAUUGGAAAGAACUACAACAAACUGAAGAACACGCUGAGAGACCUCAGCCUCCACACGGUGUGUGAGGAGGCCAGGUGUCCAAACAUUGGAGAAUGUUGGGGUGGAGGAGAGUAUGCCACAGCUACAGCCACCAUCAUGCUAAUGGGAGACACCUGUACCCGGGGAUGCAGGUUUUGCUCGGUGAAGACAGCCCGUCAGCCCCCUCCUCUGGACCCAGAUGAGCCCAACAACACAGCCAAGGCUAUUGCAGCUUGGGGGCUGGACUACGUGGUUCUGACAUCAGUUGACAGAGAUGAUAUUGCUGAUGGAGGGGCAGAACACUUUGCCAAAACUGUUUCUAGCCUGAAGGAGAGAAACCCUAACAUCGUGGUCGAAUGCCUGACUCCUGAUUUCCGCGGUGACCUGGCGUCUGUAGAGAAGAUCUCCCUGUCAGGUUUAGAUGUUUACGCCCACAAUGUGGAGACAGUGCGAGAGCUGCAAAGGUAUGUUCGGGACCCCAGAGCAAACUUCGACCAAUCCCUGAGUGUGCUGAAACACGCCAAAAAGGCCAAACCCAGCUUGCUCACUAAGACCUCCAUCAUGCUGGGACUGGGGGAGAGCGACCAGCAGAUAAUCAACACUAUGACUGAGCUGAGAGCGGCAGGAGUGGACUGUCUAACCCUCGGUCAGUACAUGCAACCCACAAAGCGCCAUCUAAAGGUGGAGGAAUACGUCCCCCCGGAAAAGUUUGCUUACUGGGAGAAAGUUGGGAACGAUAUGGGCUUUGCGUACACAGCCAGUGGGCCGCUGGUUCGAUCUUCCUACAAAGCAGGUGAAUUCUUCUUGAAGAAUCUACUGAAGAAGAGAGCAGAAAUCAGUGCAGCAGAACCAGAAGCUUCAUAAAACAGCUCAAUUACUGUUUUUCUUCUGGUGAUAUGACACAGCGAUCCAUUGUUUUCAGCAGGAAAUCCACUGAUCAGGAGGUAUUCAACCUUAGCUAACCUGUGACCUAAAAACUACACCAAAAGGAGCUUAGAGACGGUUUUUUUUUCCCGUUUCUCCUGGGAUACGAGUUUUUCCCCGUGUCCAGCUGUAGCCACCCUGAAGGGCUGCCUGGUUUGAGGACGAUCAAAGAGAAACAGAUGAGCCAUAAAAACUCUGCCCGCUGAAAAUACAACCUGCUGGGAGCAAAAGCUGCACAUUUCCAUGCGUGUUCUUCAGAAGCUCCUAAAUCACCAGCUGCAGCCUCCACCAACUGGACAUGGAGUUUAAAGCUCUUGAUGUUUCCUGCUUUAUUUCUGAAUACAGAAAAAUAAGUAGUGUGUGAUCAGAGAAAUCUCUGUUGUACUCUUGAAGUGUUUUCUGUCUGUCCUUCCAACAUGUAGAGGGAAAUUAAAAUGUCUACUUGAUACACUGGAAUGAGAUGAAACUUACAUGUGAGAUUUAAGCUGACAAAGGCAGAUUUAUUGGAAUUGUAAAAAGUAUAUUUGUAUCUUCAGUACAAAUAAAAGACUUGGAUUUUAUUGCAUUGGCCCUUUAGGUGAACACUGGUGCAGAAGAUAAACAUACAGCAACAUGAUUUAUAAAAAUACCUUUCAUAAAACUAUGUAUUUAAUAGUACUUAAUUAUACAGUAAGUUAUGUAAGAAGACUCGUGUUUAUAGUGUUGUUCUAAAAAAUAAAAAAAACGUUAUCUGA